AUGGAGAGGCUAUAUUAUCAAUGGUGGGAUGAAGAAGUCAAUGAAAAAUAUCAAGUAAUCAAGAGGUUUUCUUACCUCUUAUGAGUGAUAGCAGUUUUUUUUACAAUUCUAUGCUUACUUUUGAGGUCUGAUACGUAUAUGAUUAUUAAAUUUUCCAUGCCAUGGAUUUUGGUACACUCAGGGCAAUGCUAUUUGAUAUGUUAUUUGGAUAAAAAAAGCUAUAGCGUGUGCUCCCAUAUAGAUUUUCAAGGAAAAUACCCUUCAAGGAAAAAAAUUAUUUUGAAAUUCCAAAAAGUAAAAUAUCAAUUUACAAAUUCAUUAUAUAUGUCCUAUUUUUCAAUUUGAAAAUUGACUUUUCAGAUUUUUCCUUAAUUUAAAAUUUAAAUUUUUUAUAUAAAAGCACUUGUCCUCAGGGAUCUAAAAUGAGGCCUGUGCUAUAUUUAGCAAAGUCUAUUUUUUCUAUUUUAUUCGCUGAAGGCAAUUGUGCCUGCUUAUGGAUACAAGGCAAUGUUUUAUGGAAAGAAGUUAACAUAUUAGGCCAAAUGCUUGCUUUUGUAUAUAUUAAUAGCUUUGAGCUCCCUUUUAUUCAAGCAUGGUACAAUAAAACCUUUGUUAUUGCGAAGCAUAUAUUGGUAUGAAAUCAUUUCAAAUAUUUCACAGGAGAAUACGAAUGAUUUCAAUUAGGAUUUUUUGCCCAUUUAUUAGCUUUUCUAAUUCUUUUUUUAUACAACUUAGACUCAUCCUUUCUAAAAGAAAAAUCAUAUGAGAGAUUUAUUGCGCAUCAUAAACUUCACUGUAUGCAAUCAAGAAUGAGCUUGAUUUUCAAUUUAUUCCCAGAUGGAAUUGUAAUUUUGUCCUAUGAAAACGAUAUUCUAUAUUCAAAUCAAAAUUUAAAGAGGCUUUUAAAGUGUCGGGACUCAGAAGAAAUCAUAAAUUUAUUGUCAAAUAUUGAAUAUUGUGAUGGGAAAAAAUAUGCAAAUUUAUCAAAUUCAAAUAAAAUUUUAGAUGAUAUAGGGAAUGUCCAGCAUUUGAAUUUAAAUCAAGAAAUUAUGCUUGGGCUGGCAAAAGUGGAUGAAUAUAAUUUGGAAUGGAAAGCCCAAAAAGUGAUAUGAGAAGAAACAGAAGCAGUCUUAUUGACUGUAAGAGAUGUAAACAAUCUAAUUCAAUUAGAGCAAACGACAGCGGAUAACAAAUUAAAAAACGUGUUAUUAAGGUCAGUUUCUCAUGAACUCAGAACUCCAAUAAAUUCAAUAAGCUUUUUUGCUGAAGAAGUUUCGCGUGAGAGUUGUAUUGCAAAUAACAAAAGCCUUAUGCAGAAAUUGAAGGUGAUUUCUGUUUCAUCAUAAAUAAAAUGGCAUUCGGUUCGAGCGAAAUUAGCUUCCUAAUUUUCUCUCCCUCAAGCAAUUUUAUUUAUGUGGUUGGGUUUUCUUCUGAGAGCAUCUGUACAGCAACAGCAGUUUAACUCUGGCGGAUAAGCCGAGGCACUGCUCCAAUUACUUCAAGAGGCUUGAAGUUUUUUACCUCUCAGCACACCCGAGGAGGGUGACCCUUAGGCGGAGCACGCACAGGAGCUGAGCCAAAGGAGCGAGGCAACGCAGACCGUCGAAGCCUGAACGCUGUAUUUGCAUGGCUUGGCGCAAACGAAGUGGAUCUAUCCAGAGGUCUAUGGGCCCGAUAAGUGGUGGCAGCUCUGGAAACGGUUACCCCAUAGUGGACGCUAAACGAUAUAAAUUAUUUAAGAUAAGAUUUCUGUGUCAUCAAAUCUUUUAUUAUCUUUAGUUAACGAUUUACUAGAUUACUCACGAAUGGUUGCUGGAGUUUUCUCAACACAAAGGUCAAAAUUUGAAUUAUUUAGCACUAUUGAAAGUUGUAUUCAGCUUAUAAAAAUCCAAGCUGAGAAAAAGGGCAUUAGAGUUAUCACAAGACUAGAUCCUCAAUUGCCAGCUUAUGCAUUUUCUGACCAACUUAGGCUAAGCCAAGUUUUGUUGAAUCUUCUUAGCAAUGCUUUAAAGUUUACACUUAAAGGUCAAAUAGAUAUUGCGUGCUUUUUAGAUAUCCAUCAUAAACUAAAAAUUAGCGUAAAAGACACAGGGAUUGGAAUUAAAAAGCACAAAUUAAAAGGACUGUUUAAAGAAUUCAAUACAGAAAUAAGCCAAAAUAUUAAUCCUCAAGGCUGUGGAUUAGGUCUUUUUAUUGCAAACAGAAUUGCAAAAGAGCUAGGAGGAGAAAGUAUUAAAGUCAAAUCAAAAACAAAUAAAGGUUCAAAGUUUGAUUUUUCAGUUUAUAUUGCAGAAAAUAUGUCUGAUUACGAACCAAUUUAUGAAGAAGUUAAUCCUUCUCUUUGUGAAAAUAAAAGGCCUUAUGCUUCAAUCAGAAAUUUUGACUAUUUGAUUGAAAGCAAAAAAAGAGCAGAAAUUUUGAUAGCUGAUGAUAAUGAUCUUAAUCGUAUUAUUUUAGGAACAUCAUUGGCAGCAUAUAAUAUUAUUUAUGAUGAAGCGUGCUCAGGAAAAGAAGCUGUUAGGCUUACUUUUGAAAGCGAUAGAAGAAGUAAGCCAUAUAAGCUUAUUAUUAUGGAUGGGUCGAUGCCUGAGUUGAAUGGCUGAGAAGCAUCAAAGAUGAUACUGGAUUCUUAUUUUCAAGGCGAAAUCAAGUCAUUGCCAGCUAUUCUGGGCUACACAGCUUUUAAUUCUGAUGACGAGCUUAAGCUUUGUAUAGAGUCUGGGAUGAAAGAAGUCAUCACAAAGCCAUGUAGCUCAGAGUUGUUAAUUCGAACAGUUUUCAAGUACCUUUCCCUAACUCCCCCCCAUCCUUGAUCGAACGAUUGACUGUAAAAAUUCCUAAAAAUUGGGGAAAUUAACCCCCAUCCUUGAUCGAACGAUUUUCAUAUCAUGCAAUUUUUUUUAUAUAUAUAAAAAAAUAUAAUAGUUAUCAAAAGCUUGGGAAGAUGUACCUAAUGAAGUUGUUUUCAGAGACUUUGAGACGAUAGAAAGCUUCGGAAUCAACCAUUCAAAGUAAUUUAGUCAUCAGCAUGGGCUUAAAAAACUCAUAAUCUAAUAAAAUAGAGAUUUUUUUAAAAUUUAAAAAAAACAAAUUUUAAUUUAAUAAGUAACAAAUUAAAAUUUAUACAGUUUAAAGGGGUAACUAAUAAAUUAGAAUAUAAAAAAAUUGGUAUUUUUAUGAAAUUAAUUCAAUUUUUUGCUGUAAAAAUAAUUAUUAAAUACUCUUAACCCUCUUAUUUAAAAGUAAAUAAAAAAAAAAAUUAUAUAUAUAUUUUAUUUUAUAUAUAAAAUUUUUUUCCCAAAAAUUUUUUUUUUACCCCCCCGUCCUUGAUCGAACGAUGGCGAGUCGUUCGAUCAAGGAUGUGGGGGGGAGUAA